AUGAAGGGCCUCUUGCUGUGCGCGCUCGCACUUGCCUUUGCGGCAGUGACCACCCACGCCCAGCUGCAGUCCUGCCCCACGCGCUGCGGCAAGCAGGCCGACGGCGUGGAGUGCCCCAACAACCUCUGCUGCAGCAAGGAUGGGUACUGCGGCCUGGGCGUCGACUACUGCAACGCUGGCGCCGGCUGCCAGAGCGGCGCCUGCUAUGACAACAAGAUCUGCGGCUCGCAGGCCAAUGGCACACUCCAAUACGGUUACUGUGGCCUAGGACCGGAGUUCUAUGGUGCUGGCUGCCAAAACGGCGCUUGCAGCACAGACAAGCCGUGUGGCAACAAGGCUAAUGGUGCACCAUGCACCAACAACUAUUGUUGCAGCCAUGGGUCUUGUGGUCUUGGCAAGGAUUACUGUGGUACCGGCUGCCAGAAUGGCGCAUGCAACUAG